CACGCGCUGUGUCCAAGAUGGCUGCCUCCUUGUGUCAGUGUUACCAGCUCUGUGUCAGAAGAGGUUUGUUCUUCCUCUCCACCCGUUCUUACGUCUCCAUUUUAGAGAGAAGUCACGUCUACAGGAUAUGCGGGUCCCCCUCAGUAUCUUCACAGAUGCGAUACGCAUCAGGGGGCGGAGGGGGUCGAAAGGGCUUCCUGGGGGAGUUUGUAGACAGCCUGAAGCAGGAGCUGAACAAGAACAAGGAGAUGAAGGAGAACAUCAAGAAGUUCCGGGAGGAGGCCAAGAAGCUGGAGGAUUCAGAGGCUCUCAGACAAGCCAGGAGAAAAUAUAAAACAAUUGAGUCUGAAACAGUGAAGACCUCAGAGGUGCUGAAGAAGAAGCUGGGCUCGCUGUCAGAGACUGUGAAAGAGAGCCUGGAGGAGGUGGGCCGCAGUGACCUGGGGAAGAAGAUCAAGGAGGGCGUGGAGGAGGCGGCCAAGACGGCCAAGCAGUCAGCCGAGUCCGUGUCCAAGAGUGGAGAGGUGCUGGGAAAGACCGGGGCCUUCCGGGCCAUCUCGCAGGGCAUGGAGUCAGUGAAGAAAGAGAUUGAUGACCUGGGGCAGAGCGGGCCCUACCGGGCCCCGGCCCAACUGAGGAAGAGGAGUGACUUCUCUUCAAAGGGAGUGGGGAGUGACUCCAGGGUCUUCGAGGCCAAUGAAGAGGCUAUGGGUGUUGUGCUACACAAGGAUUCUAAAUGGUACCAACAAUGGAAGGACUUCAAGGACAACAAUAUGGUGUUCAACAGGUUCUUUGAAAUGAAGAUGAAAUAUGAUGAGAGCGACAAUGUCUUAAUCAGAGCAUCCCGUGCCGUCACAGACAAAGUCACAGAUCUCCUUGGUGGGCUGUUAUCGAAAACGGAGAUGUCUGAGGUUCUGACGGAGAUCCUGAAGGCCGAUCCCAACUUCGACAAGGAUGCCUUCCUGAAGCAGUGUGAGCGUGAUAUCAUACCCAACGUGCUGGAGGCAAUGAUCCGUGGAGAGCUGGAGGUUCUGAAGGACUGGUGCUAUGAAGCUACCUACAGUCAGUUGGCACACCCUAUCCAGCAGGCCAGGGCCAUGGGUCUGCACUUCCACUCCAAGAUCCUGGACAUUGACAACAUUGAUUUGGCAAUGGGAAAGAUAAUGGAGCAAGGCCCCGUACUGAUCAUCACCUUCCAGGCCCAGGUUGUCAUGGUGAUUCGCAGCCCCAAGGGGGACGUGGUGGAGGGGGACCCGGACAAGGUUUUGAGGAUGAUGUACGUGUGGGCACUCUGCCGAGACCAGGAGGAGCUCAACCCCUACGCCGCGUGGAGACUUCUGGACAUCUCCGCCUCCAGCACAGAGCAGGUCCUGUGAGAGGGACGGAGACAAUCGAGGGACGGGGACGCAAGCAGACUCGGCAAGGACACACACACAGACAGCUCAGCUCACAGCCACAGACACACAAACACACACACGCACACAGAAGUACGAACAGUGCGUGCUCACACACACACUCACAUACAUUCAGGGAAACGAAGAUCCACUGUCAGAAAAAUGAAUACAGAUACAUGCAUUUAGACACACACAGACAAAAAUGCGCAGACAC